GUUCCCUCUCCCUCUCUCGCUCAGCAUCCCUCCCCCUUUCCUCUCUCUCAGAUUAUCUUUAUAAAAUUUCUGUACUUAUAGAAUCACUCAACUAGUGAAAUACCAACUUCAUCGUCUGCUGAACAAAAGAAAAUUUGAAAACCGAAAGAAAUUUAAUGAGAGGAAAACAUAUUUUUUUACUAGUGCUCAUUGUCUUGGCCUUCAAUGAAAUACAUGCCAAGAACAACUCUUCAACUCCUAAACUAAGGAGGAGUGAUUUUCCCGAAGAUUUCGUUUUUGGGUCUGCGACAUCUGCUUACCAGAUUGAAGGAGCUGCCCAUGAAGAUGGUAGAGGACCAAGUAUCUGGGAUACAUUCUCUGAAAAAUACCCAGAGAAGAUAAAGGAUGGUAGCAAUGGGUCUGUUGCAGAUGACUCUUACCAUAUGUACGAGGAAGAUGUGGCUUUAUUGCAUCAAAUUGGCUUCAAUGCUUACAGAUUCUCUAUCUCAUGGUCGAGAAUAUUGCCUCGAGGGAAUCUUAAAGGAGGAAUCAACCAAGCUGGUAUUAACUAUUACAACAACUUGAUCAAUGAGCUUUUGUCCAAAGGAAUUAAGCCUUUUGUCACCAUUUUCCAUUGGGACACACCACAAAGCCUUGAAGCUGCUUACGGUGGAUUCCUUGGCGCAGAAAUUGUAAACGAUUUCCGCAAUUAUGCGGAUACUAGAUAUUAA